CAAACAUUGAAAAAUUUAAGUAUCAGAUUUACUUUCAUUGCUUCGUUUCUCUUCUUUACAGAAGUUUGAGUUGUUAUUUUAAGAGCUACUUGCGAUUUUUAUUUAUUCCUGUUCACGGAUAAGAUAGCAGAAAUUCUAAGUGUACACAAAGAUAUCAUAACGAAACCAGAAAAAAACAAUAUUAAACAAAUUAUCUAAUGAUGGAAAAUGCAACAAAUUUUCAUUUUCUUCCUGUUUGUCACUACAUAACUUAUUUUGGUAUUUUCUUUUACAACAAUCACUUAAUAACACUUGAAGAACGAUAUCAAACUAUCAGCAUAUUAAAUACUUUCUUUGAAUAUCUCAAUAAUUCCAAUAAUAAUGAAUCAGAGUUGAAACUGAAAUUUCUACAAAAUGCACUGAAAGAAAGUAAUUCUUAUGGCGGAAGGGGCAAAAAUUAUUAUAAACUUCUUGACGCAAAACACGUAAAUGAAAUAUAUCAGAACAUCAUUGGAACGACUCUAUUUUUUCACUAUGGCAACGUUAAUGGAUAUUUAGCUGAAUUAAGAAAUGGAAAUGAUAAAAACAUAACUAUAUUUAAAGAAAAAGUAUAUCAACAUUUGUUACAUAAUUACACGAGUAGGGAUUAUUGUUUCUCAUCAUCGAGAAAUCAAAGUAUUAAACUUACUUUACUUGCAAUUAAAAAAAUUUUUAAACACAACAUUUUGCCAUUGUUUUCUCAUCUAGAAGAAGUCGUGAAUUUGGAUUAUAAAAGAAAAAAACGUGAAACAUCAGAUGAUGAUGAUGAUCAUAUUGAGGAAAUCCCAAAAAAGAUUCCAAAAUCAUCUCAUACACAAGAGGGAAGUGAAACCCAUAAAGAAAUGUUACAUCUUCUGCAUGAUUUUAAGAAAGAGGGAAUUUCUUUUAGUAUGAGAAACAGUUAUUUCAAAAAGAAAUUAUAUGAUUUAGCUGUAAUUCAAAGGAAAUCUCAUAAAGUCCCAAUUGGUGAGUUAUGGUGUCUUCAAACUACAAAUUCACAAGCAAUUGCUAAUUUUUUGUUCGGUUUAAAAGAAAAAAUUUUCCAUUUUAAUGAUAUAACUCUUUUGCAAAGAGAAAUUCCAUCAUCAUCAUCAGUUAUCGAUAAUAACGAAUUGGAACAAUUUUCUUCAUCGAAAACAAUAGAAAUUCGUUAUCAUUUAAGAAUUACAAUUAACAGAGGUAUUAUAGAUUUACAUUCAUUUUCCCACAAAUUUCAUGACGAGUACAUUACAUUUAAUGAUAAAAAAUUUUAUGUUUCAAAUACUUCAUUCAGUAAUGAUGGAAAAAUUUUAAAUAUUAAAUUAUACGAUUAUGGUAGAUGGCCAAAAUCAAUGAGUAACGAAAUUAUUUAUCUCGCCAAUUCUGAAAGUACUUUGAUUGAAAGAAUGGAAAAAGUGAAAACAGUUGCAAAUUUUUUCACACAAAAUAUACCAUUAUUUACGAUAAUAAAAGCAGAAGGCAUUCUGAUGAAUUUCAUUUUAAGAAUUAAUACCAUGGGUGAUGUGCCAAGUUAUGAUCAGUUUGCGAAGGAUUAUUAUAAUAACUUAAAGAUUUUGCCUUAUUAUAAAAAUUUCAAAAUAGAAAAUAACGACUACAUUAAGGAUGUAAUAUUUUAUGAUAAAUUAGAUGACAUUCGUUUUAUCAUUGAAGCAAAAAAAAGAAUUGAAAAGUUUUAUGGUUUUCAUCAUAUACCGAAUUUCAAGAAGAUAUUUAUAAAAUAUAUAUCAUUUUCCCUUUUUUCGAUUCUGCGAUUUGAAGAUUAUUAUACAUUAUAUUCUAUGCUUAAAAUAAAGUCAAAAUUACUUCUUCAUUUUUUCAGAUAUGAAGCUGCAGUUUAUAGACUGGGUCUUAGACAAUCUUCCAAAAGUGAGACUUACAUACCAAUACAACUUUUUAAACGUAAAAUAAUUAAGAUGAAAGAUUUAGAAUAUUUUGAGUCAGUAAAAAAUAAAAAUGGUUCUUUAAACUUAGAAUCGUUUCCAAUGUUUUACAGAAAUUUGUUUGUUGCUAUGACACAACUUACGAAUUUUUCAUUAGAUAAUUCAGAAGAAAAGCUAGUUAUAUUUGAAAUUACAUUAAAAAAUCAAGCGGCUAUUGUGAAUAUCAAUUUUGGUGAUUUAUAUUCUACAAAUCCAUUUUAUAUUGUAACAUCUUGCCUACCCCUUAAGGUUCAGGAUGUACAGAAAGGAACAACUGUUACUGGAGAAGAAGAAUGGAUUGUAAAAUUGUAUGACAGUGAUAUAUCACAAGAAAAGAGAAUGGUUUGUAUGGCGAAAAAACUUAAUGAAUUAUUUUCAAAUGGUGUACAAUAUUUUUCAGAUUAAUAAGUGCAAUAAUUGAAAUUAGAUAAUUAUUAUAUUACUAUUAUAUUCUAAUGUAAAAAAUUAUUUUAAAGAAAUAUAUAAAAGUCUUAUAAUACUGUUAAA